CAGUCGAGUUUCCGGUGAAUCGAUUCACCGGAAACUCGACUGAACUGGGAGGAGUCGUUCACGAAUCGUAAGUUCGUUCAGCCUGGUUUCCGCUAGCGGUAAAUCGCAUCAUGGAAUGGACCCCAUUGCACGGUUCUCAAAUGAGUCAGUCAGACUCAGUGGAUUUAGUGCUACCGGAAACUCGACUGAACGAACGAACGAACGAACGAGUCCUCGUGGCGAACUGAAUCACGCGAACUGGGUCACGGAAACGAAUCAUUAAAUCCUCCUAGGCGUCUAGGAGGAUUCACAAAUCUGAAACUAUGUUUUACAUAAUGUAUAGCCUCACUGUGAUAAUGUAGUCCAGAUCUGAAGAGUCUAGGUGUAGUGGCUUUCAAUCAGGACCCGUUCUAAUGCAGUCUGGACCCCUAAAAAGCAUUAAAAUGAGCCUGUAUUGCAUUUUCACAAAUAGAAAAAAGGUUUCACUAAUCUGAAACUAUUUUAUAUAAUGUAUAGCCUCACUGUGAUAAUUUAGUCCAGAUUUGAAGAGUCUAGGUGUAGUGGUUUUCAAUCAGGAUCAGUUCUAAUGCGGUCUGGACCCCUAAAAAGCAUUACAAUUUGCCUUUAUUGCAUUUUCACAAAUAGGGUAAAGGUUUAAAAAAUCUGAAACUAUGUUUUACAUAAUGUAUAGCCUCACUGUGAUAAUGUAGUCUAGAUUUGAAGAGUCUAGGUGUAGUGGUUUUCAAUCAGGACCGAUUUGAAAAUUCUAGGUGGUUUUCAAUCACGACCGUUUUAAGGUGAACCAGCAAUUGCCGAAUCGGAUGCUGCGAAUCGGAUGCCAACUUCAGCGUCGUCACAAACGGCAAAUUAACGUUUACUUUCAGAAUAACUGAAAUAAGAGAAAAUUAUCAAAGUAUCUUUGAGUGAAGGAAAACCAACCCUGAUUGAUUAAUUAAUUGAUUGAUUGAUUAAUUAAUUGAUUAAUGUCAUUAUGCAUUUAUUUAAAUCAGUGCAUGUUUUAUGCAUUAAUGAUAUGUGACAUUUCUGAAAAUAUAUCUGUAUUGUCCAAAUAUGGUUUAGGGUCAGGCUAUAUUUUAGAAGCGAUCCACCAGCAAAGAUACAAUGAGAUAUGAUCUUCAAUACUGUAUGUGAUUUGGAGAACAUUGACGAUUUCCAGAUGAAUUGAACUAAGGGGGGCAGCACCCAUGGAGUUGAAGGAACCUCAGGACGAUUUUCUCCAUGACAGCAAACUGCAGAAAGGCAAGGCAAAUUUAUUUAUAUAGUACUUUUCAUACACAAUGCAUACUCAAAGUGCUUCACAAAGCAACAUCGUCAUACAAUAAAAUGAAAUAAUAAAAUAAGAUAGAUUGAAGUUAUAAAAUAAAAUGGAUACAUAAAAGAAAAUAAAGGCAAAGUUAAAAAAAUGUAUGUGCAAUGUAUUUAAGAAUUAGCAGAAACCUAAAGCAAAUAAUAGAGUCUUCAGUCUUGUCUUAAAAGUUGUCAACAUAAGAUGUUUUUUUCUCCUAUUUAAUGUCACUUUAGAAAUAUAAGUAUUAAUUAUUUAUUGCAUUUUCAUAUUGUUAGUCAUGUUAUCAUGUAGAAAAUUUAACUUCAGGAUUGGUCUGUAAGGUUUUCGGAUCGAGGAUCCUACAGUGCAUUAUUGGACUCUAUCAAGGGGGCUUUGACUAUCUGGAGCACAUGCAAGAUGACCUCUUGCUAAGCAUCAUGUCCUACCUACCUAUAAAAGAUGUUGCACAGCUUGCAAAGACCAGAUCUCCGGAAGCCUCAUCCACCCUCCUCUUUGUGGGUCAGUGACGCAGCAAGUGUGACGCAGCAGUGUCAGUGACCUCCAGAAGGCAGUAGAACAACAGGAAGAAGACAGAGAAGUCCCAGACCACGGACUGCUACCGGAUCACAGCAAAAAGGCAGGUGGGGAAGAGCUCCCAAACAAGGCCAACGGAACUAAGGACUAUACUUGGUAGUUGUUCUCAACUCUCUCCAAAGCACCAGGGCGCUCAUUCUCAGCGACAGGGCCAGCAAGAGGAUCUGUGAGCAGGAUUUUGGUAGGCUACCAAGUGCAUGAGUGCUCUCUGUAACUCAAGUGCUAUGAGGUUGGACAGCUUAAUGUAAUAUUGGUUUGCUCAUGUCGUGAAAAUUAGGAUGAGACCUGCUCAGGCUUGUUUUGUGGACCUUCAUUCUAUGAGGAUCAGAUCUGUUUGUGUCAAGACAAUAUUAUAUAGAUUAUGUUUUGUGGGUUCUGUGUCUGCCCUGUAACAAACAUCCUAAUAACGGAUCCCAACUAAUUACAUGUAUGCACAAAAAAAAGAAAACAGCCAGCUCAAUAUGCCACACGAUGAGGAUAACCCUAAUUCGUUCCUAAUCGAGAACAGGAAUACAUUCAGCACAGUCAUGGGAUACACAGCGGUCUGGACCAGGCUUUGUUAAUAAAAACCUGAGGGACUAGCCUAUUACCAUAUGAUCAGUAGGCUAAAGGGUUGGGAGCUUUACUGUGUUGCUGCGUUGGUAUGUCUUUGUUGGUCGAUACACUAGCCGGAAAGCAGCUACCGAGGAAAGUGCACCGGCUGGUACCCGUGCACACCCUUGAGAUACUCAGGUGACCAGGACGAAAUAGGGCUAACGGACACAAACAUAAAAAUCCACUCAAGCGGCUUCUGUGAUAUGCACUCUAAUCACAAACCUAUUGCUAAUAAUGGAAAUAGACAUUAUCAAAGGGACCCGGCUGGUAAGUUGGACACAUUUCAUGGCCAAAAAGAAGAGGACAUAGAUUGUUGUAGAUUGUUCAAGCAACAACCUUUUGUGUGUAUCCUUCCAAGUACAUCCAUGGAUGUAAAAGAGCUGCUGCACUAUGGGUAUUGUAGUUGGGGGGGCUUGCAGUGCCAUGUCUGGUUCAGCCUUAUUCCCCUCCCCCUCGUCUGCAGUGUGACGCAUCUACUGCUUUUGCAUCAAUCAGCCUCCUCACCGUUGGUUAAAGCUACAGCUUCUGCUGGUAAUGGCACAACGCAUUUCAUUUCCCCACACACUCAGCUAAACUGGCCACCGGUCUAGAGAUUUCUGCAAUCCUGAAUCCAUCAAAGAUAUAUAAUGCAGCAUGAUCUUUACCUCAUGUGCAUGCGUGUGCUGUGCAUAAAUAUGUAAGCAUCGCGGCAAUGGUUCGACUGUGAGAUGCAGCCGCACAGACAAAGAGACUCUGCCCUUUGUGCCUAGGCAGGAAACAGAUGGUGUGGCGUAAUGCAGCCUAUGCACAGGUUGUUUAUCCGUGAUCUGGGAUAAUGCUAUCCACAUCACGGCGCUAUCGCCCUUGGAUCAGCACAGAGAGACGUCUGUGCCGAGAUGCGUCCGAGCGGAGAACGUGUGAGCUUUGUAGGAACGACUCAGCAGAGGAGUCCUUGGCGAAUAUCGCUGCCAGCCUUGCAGCACACCCCUCGUUCUACCUCUUGCAGCGCUGGUGUGUUUUGUAGCACCCGCAGCUCCCCGCAAUCGCACUACAGCCUACCUCUACCAUCCCUAAUAAAAGUUGCGGUUUAAGAUGACGUGGUUGUGUUGCAGAAGGCUUCCAUUGCCCAGAUAACACGCAUGCGGCGCCCUGGUUGUCUUUGCAGCUGUGCAGCUGUAUGAUCACACCUUGACUGAGAAGUAGGCAGCGGGUGCUCGGAAGUGGACAGUUGCAGAACUAGCCCAGGACCCAGGGUGCAUAGGGUUUGAGGCGAAGGACUCAUUCGUGCCGGAGUCAUCUGCACAGAGAGAGGGAGGGUGAGGAAGAAGGACGUCAAAUAGCUCAGCUUUGACAGCACCACUUUUCAGCGACCAUCAUAGAAAGAAAUAACUUAUUAUGCCUUGAUACGGGAAACGGGUUGCAAUGUAGCGUAGAGUGCAUGUAAAGCUGUGAAAAAGGGAUAUUGUUUGAUGUUUUCUUUCUCCUGUGUUUCCUGCAUCGUAUUCUCAGAUUUAAAAAGAUGACUGUAGUGUCACCCUACACUCAAGACCUGAUGGACUGCACUCACUCCCAUGCUGUGCUGAGCAAACUCAAUGACCUGCGCUCUGAAGGCCUCUUCUGCGACGUGACCAUCGUUGUGGAGGAUGUAAAGUUCAGAGCCCACAGGAACAUUCUAGCGGCCUGCAGUGGCUACUUCAGGAACGCCUUGAUUGCCUCCCAAAGCUGGAGCUCCAGCCAGGUGCUGGAGUUAGUGGACCUGAAGUCUGAAGUGUUUGCCAGUAUCCUCAACUUCAUCUACUCGUCUAAAGUGGCGUCGGCUGGUGCGGACGAAACAAGGGGCCUAGUGGCAGCUGGGAAAAGACUAGGAAUUCCUUUCUUAGAGAAGCUCUCAGAACCGGAUAGACAAAGCUCUACCGUUUCCAAGAUCAUGCGGGUCAGAGGUGUUAUGAAUAUAGAUCCCAGCCAGGGCCCAGAGCCAAAGAACACCAAGAAGGAGCCGUCCAGGCCUGUGGAUAUAAACGCAACCACAGGGCCACGGAUCACCAAUGCUUUCUCUAUCACUGAAGUAGGACCCGGAAACAACCCCUUCACCCCACUGGUUCCAACUGAUGGGGAGAGGAAGUCACCAGAUGUGGGGCAAGUCCUAGCUAGUUGCCCCAUCAUCUCUUGUCUCACUGCAACAAAUGAGCUACCACAUGCCCUGUCUGAACACUCCUAUGCAGUGAUCCAGACUGAGGAGCAAAAAGACAGAAACCCCAAAGACUGUAAAAUGGGACCAAAGCCUUCACAGCUACAGACAAAGCAGCUUGCCAUCCAGAAUAUAGGCCCACUGAAAAAACGUCAUCGGUUGAGAGGCACAUUAGAGAGAAAUACGACCUCUACCAAAGAUUCACAACAAUCCACAGACAUUCCAAAUGCUAAUUGGCCAGUAGCAGACAGUUCUCCUACAGGAGUCAUCUCCUACAUGACAGCUGUAGUCAUUGCCCCACCACCACUCAACGCAGAACCGGAACCAGAGAAGAACACAGAUGAUGCAGUAACCACAGAUAAUUUUCAGAUGGAGUUUGAGCCACCCACUCUCUCCCCUCAUGUAGAAGACAGCAUAUCAAUCUACGGAUGUGAAUAUUGUCCAGAGAUAUUCACCAAUAACGCUCUUCUCACCCUCCAUAUGGAAGUGCACAAAAGACGUUUUGUCAGUCAUCUGUUUUGCAAAUUCUGCGACAGGAAGUUUAUGCACCUCAAGCGGUUACGCAACCACGAGCAUGGCUGUCUUAAGGCCAUACAAGACCCUCCUGAGACAGAUCCCGUUGAAACCUUAAUAAUGGACAUCCAUUCAGACAAUGUAGCGACCAUGGAUAAACAAGCAGAGGAGGUACCUCCUGAUGACCCACACAGCCCUUGUAUUCCAGAACCAGAUCAAAACAACCCAUCAGAAGCCCGGCAGGGCAUGGCGAGGGUAGAAAAGACAGGUGGCAGUCAGAGGGUUUACAAUUGCAGUGUGUGUAAACGGGUUUAUAUCACCUUGUCCAGUCUGAAACGGCAUGAGAAUGUACAUUCUUGGCAGAGGGCCUACCCUUGUCAUUACUGUAAUAAAGUUUUUGCCCUGGCAGAGUACCGUACCAAGCAUGAAAUCUGGCAUACAGGUGAACGUCGAUACCAGUGCAUCUUCUGCCUAGAAACGUUCAUGACUUACUAUAUUCUAAAAAACCAUCAAAAGGCAUUUCAUGGCAUUGACCCGAGACUAGCGGUGAAGAAGAAAUCAGCCAAAGGCGGAUUCAAAGCUAGUGUUUAUCCUAUCAAACUGUACAGGCUUCUUCCAAUGAAGUUUCGAAAAAAGCGAUACAAGACGUACAGUGAGACCUAUGGAGACAGUGUUGAGAGCACCAUGGGGGAGAACAACUCUCUCAUCACUCCAAGUCAGGAAAACAGCAACCCUGAGCCUGGUUCCUUCAAUAUACCAAUGACAUUCAUGGCAACAACAAAGACGGUGGCCCCUGUGACGCCUCACAUCAACUUUAAACAGCCGUUCGAGCCAGAUAUUGAUAGUGAUACAACAUGUCGAAAAAGAGACUAUAGCAAAGAUGUUGAACACAGGAGUUCACAUCCCCUCCAUCACAACCAUCCAAAAAAUAUGCAGACAGAAACCACUGCAGCGAGCUGUGACGAGAACACAGUAACGAUAAUGAACAUGGACCACUUCAGUCGUAAUAUACCAUUCUUGACCAAAACAUUGAAAACGGUUAACAAGCUCGGUGAACUAUCAGCCGCAGCAAAAAGAGUGGAAGCCAUGACCAAGGAGAUACUUCUCUCAGGAACAGACAGUUUGAAGCAGGGUAAGGCAGUAUGCAGCAGAAAAACGGAAACAUACCUCGCUAAGCCUGUUUGUCCAGGUCCAUCUGUGGAUGGGGAUGCUCUGCCACUCUGUCAGAUCACAGUCAAAAUAGGGAACGAGGCCAUUAUCAGGCGUCAAAUCAAGGGUUCAAAUCUGUUCCCCAGGAAGAGGAAGAAAAGCAGACAAAGGGAGACCCCAGGUGAGUGGUUUUCAACUGAGGAAAGCUCUGGUAGUGCAAGGCUUCAAACUCAAAUGGAAAUCUCGGCUGUAAAAGAGGCCGAGACAUACGAAGAUCCCAAUGACCACGAAGCCGCCGACAAAUCCUGGCGUCCCUACUAUUCAUAUAAAGCAAAAAAAAAAAAGAAGAAGAUGAGAUUCAAACACAGAAAAGAUCAACAAUAUUUUUUACCUCCAACUUCAGUAGCCAGAGCUCCAGCCAAAGAGGGAUACCCAGAGAGGAGAAGCCUGGCAACAGACAAUAGUACCUCAGCCAACAGCACGGACACACAAUGCAACAUCAGGAACCGUUCGCCAAGAGCCUCCUACAAAUGUGACAUCUGCGACAGCUCCUUCAUCACAGAGUCCGGCUUGAGGGCCCAUGUAAUUGGUUCCCAUCCGUGUUUCUGUCGGACGUGUGGAGAACAGGGUCCACCCGGGGAGGUGCCUGCCGGUGGAGAUUACGUCUGCAACAACUGCAUGGAAAGCGGCUCCUGCUUCGAUAACACACCGCAGAGAUGCAGCACUGAGAAGAAGUACCACUGCUCAUUUUGUCCCCAGCGCUUUCUAUACCUUGCCACAAAGAGAAGCCAUGAAAGAAAACACCAGGAAUUGGGAAACGGGAAAGGGUAUAAAUAUAACAAGUGCCCACCACGUUCUAAACAUGCAACUCAACUGGCUGAAGACGGCCAACAUACCAUUAAAUCUGAGGAAGAUGACGAAGAGGUAACUCACCUCAGAUGUAAUGAGGAAGGAACGGGUACUUGUACAGGAAACACUGCACCGAAGAUGGAAGGAAAGGCUGGCUUCCCGUCUGUUGCGACAAAAUCCUUCCAAGAACCGCAUUCCAAAACAAAAGAUCUGCUUUCAUCUUCAAACAGCGACAGUGUUUUUCCUGAGUUACCCACAAAGGUGAAAUAUAAAAUGUCAAAAAAGAGAAUGGAUGUACAAGAUUCUCUUCAUCUCCCUUCCAAAAUGCAAGCGCAUGAGAGGGACAAUAGCAGGGGACUUUUGAAAAGGCCAAAAACGCUUCAUGAGAAGCACCCUCAUCUGUUGUGGAAACAAGAAUCUGUAAAGAAAGGGAUUUCUAUCUGCAAGACGGAGCAGUGGGUUUGCAAACAGGAGCCUGUUUUUGAGGGCCAGUAGUUAUUUGGAGCAAGAGGGAAGUUGACUGUUCAGGAGUACAUGUGAAACUACUUCAUCUAUGAUUUGAUUGCAACUAGUUUAACUGACAUUGUAAGGUUAUCCUUCAUCCAUUCUUUCUCUUGAUUGAAAAUACAAAUAAAUGCCUCAGUAAAACAUUGAUUUGAAAUGGCCAAUGUCAAUUGAAAUCACAAAUAGAAAGGGUGUAUCCAUUUUAAAUACAUGUUUUAAGAGAUUAUUUUGUAGACUUCUGAAAUAAACCUUAUUUUAGAAUUUACGCAUGGAGGAAAUCCUGCAAGAUUAAUGAUGUAAUCGUAAAUCUAAUCUUGAGAAGUUUUAUUUUAUGGAGACAUUCUCUAGAAUGUGGCUGAUAAAUACAAUUAUAUUGUGAUCAUUGCCUUGCGUGAUUCAGGUCUUAUUUAAUCGGUUCAGAGGAAUUGGAGUAUAAAAGCAGAUGUAACAGAAAUCACUGAUGUAUUCCUCGUCAUUUAACUUUUACGAAAAAUUAAUUUUUUAUUGUUGGUUUAUGUGUUUUGAUUGCAUACUUGCAUAUUCAUCGUUCAGUAAGAGUCACUUGUUAUUGAUUUAAUUUAUAUUAUAGGCAACAUUGAGAUUAACAAUGCGAAUUUUGUGUGUUUAAUAUGUAUAAAUAUGCAAAGGUGUUAUAAUAAAGAAAUAAAUUCGCUUAUUAAUAACACCAUGGUAAGAUA